AUAAUACAGUAUUCUUUAUAAUCCACUUACAUGGAUACAUGCGUUACAGAAACGCAUAUUUUUAACCCUUGUAGCCAACAAGACUUUCUGCUGUGUGUCUGUGCUCUGAGUCUUCUUCUUGUAAUUUUGGAUUGAUUUUUAUCCUUGUGUAAAAAGUCACAACAAGACUAGGACUUCUGACUGGGCAUUUCUCAUAAUUCUGUUAGCACUUGAAGGCAGCACAUUUCGCCAUACGUGUGUGACGUUAGACUACAUUUCCCAGAAGUCCAUUUGGCUUUUUUUUUCUCCCCUCUUGACACAGAUAUUUCAGAUAAAAACUUCCUGCCAUAGCUCGACCGUUAGUGAGUCCUGGAGGAAGCCUACUGUCCAGGCUGCUGCACAGUUUGUCCUCGGCCUUUCGUUCCUCAUCUACACUUUGUACUUAUCUACGGUGAACGACGGAAAGCUACGCCAUGUCAGACGGAGACAACAAAAGCUCGAACCUGCUUGCUCAGGAGACUGCCCAGCUAGAGGAGCAGCUACAGGGCUGGGGCGAGGUGAUCCUGGCUGGAGACCGCGUUCUGCGAUGGGAGAAGCCCUGGUUUCCUGCAGUCCUGAUGGCUGCUACCACUGUUCUCUUCCUGCUGAUUUAUUACCUGGACCCAUCAGUGCUGACGGGCCUCUCCUGCGCUGUCAUGCUGCUGUGUCUCGCUGAUUACCUGGUGCCAACACUGGCACCCAGAGUCUUUGGCUCCAACAAGUGGACCACUGAACAGCAGCAGCGUUUCCAUGAGAUCUGCAGCAACCUGGUGAAGACACAGCGUCGCGUGGUGGGCUGGUGGAGGCGCUCCUGUGCUCUCAAGGAAGAGAAACCUAAGAUGUAUUUUGUCUCAAUGAUCAGUGGUUUGCUGGUAGUGGCUUGGAUUGGGCAGCAGGUCCACAACCUGCUCCUAACCUACAUAAUUGUGAGCUUCCUGUUGCUUCUCCCUGGUCUAAAUCAACAUGGCAUCAUCACCAAGUACACAUCCAUGGCAAAGAGGGAGAUAAACAAACUGAUGAAACACAAGGAGAAGAAAAAUGAGUGAGUUGGACCAAAGUGUAGGUCACGAGAGCAAAUAAGAGAACAACCACACCACCAAAUGACAGGAGGAAGUUAGAAAAGAGAAGACAGUCCGUUUCCUGAGUCUGCUGUUUGUUUAGGGUUUUUUUUUUUCUGUACCGAUGAACUUGACAUUUUAUCACAUCUGUAUUUUACUUUCUUCACGAGUCAGUUUUACCUGCAGCGUCCAUCGAGAACCUCACAUCCAUCCUCUCUUCAGUAAUAUAUUCAUUCACCUGCAGCACUGAUCACCGUCUCUGCACAUAUGGGCCUCAGCUGUCUUUUAUUUUAAUUUUAUUUUUUGUCAGUGGUGGUUUGAAAGCCAUCACAGAGUGACUACUGAGUAGUUUUUGUAGCACGUGACCUUCACAGAAGAUAAUUUUUCUCACUUUAGAUCACAUGAUGCCACAUUUGGACAGGGGUUGUGUUCUAACCUCACAAUAAAAACAAACUGGAUUUAAACACAGCUCUUAAUGGGUUCAAAGUAGGGCUGCUGCUGGGCUCUGUUCUGUUCCUUUGUAAAUAUGUGUGUGUGCGUGCGCAUGUAUGUGUGUUAUUUAUGUUUUCAGUCUCAUUUCUGCUCUGGUCACUGACCCUGUGCUCAUAAUGUUUUUCUUUACUGGAGAUCUUUAAAACAGUGAAUAAAGAUUGAUUUAAAUGAA